CUUAAUAUAUAUUGAUAUAUCUGUUUACUGCGUAACGUAAGCUUUCUAAUGAUAUAUAAUUUGUCAAAAUCGGCCGAGAAAUGAAACUAUAAUUUAACAAAAGACGUGAGUGGGUACAUCAAAAUGUAUAACCUCGGCGCUUCGCUGUACGCUAAUCGUAAAAGAUCGAUAGCCACGACACGUUAAAACGCGCGGUGGUAAAACAUAAAAUUUGUAUUUCUUGUGUUUAACUCGCUAUAAAUCCAUUAAUAACAACAGGAAUAUACUAAAAGUUAUAUUUUUUUGAAAGAGGAAUUAAUAAGCAACAAGAUAACGUAUAAACCAAUAAAAUCGGAUGAAUAGUUUUUGCAUAAGAUUGAAUUUACUAAAGUAAGGGUCAAAUACUCGAUUCAUCUCCUGUCAAUAUACACUCCGUGCAUUCAGGAUAUGAAAGCAUAAUGCAGGGUUAACAAUAAUACAAACAUGGCAGAGCAUCUGCAAACCAAAUUGCAUGAGGAACAGUGUCGUCGUGCCCUUAACAGGGCGCACAAGAAGAUUGCUUCAGAGAUGGAUCCGAAUGUGGUUCUGGUUGCACUGAAGAAGUGUGGAUUUCUCAAACAAGAGGAAUAUGAUGAAUUGAUGAACCUUCUUACCAUACCAAUGAAAUGUCGCCUUCUAAUCAGUAAGAUCAGUCAGAGUGGUGUCAAGGCGUACUAUGUUUUCAAGAAAUGUCUCAGUGAUACUAAACAUGACAGCUUGGUUAAAGAGCUGGAGGAAAAAGAGAAAGAGCUGAUAUUCGAGAGUUCCAGAUAUGAAUCAUUGACAGAUAAGCGACCGCGAGUGCAGAAGAUUGAGGAGAAUAAGCGUGCCAGUUCCCAAGAAGUGAUUGAUGCCUUAAAUGACGGUGCACUAAACAGUGCACAACCGCAACCAGCUUUGGGGAAAAGUGUGCUUCAUAGAUUAUGUCGCGAUGAAACAAUUACCAAAAUAAUUAAGAAGGACCUUCACGACGGGCGACUCAUCGAGCUGGACAAGGAGAUAGUCGAUGAGUUGAGACAUCCGGAUUACAGUGUUCUAAAUACGGAACAGAGAGGAGCGUUUGGUACGGUAUACAUCUCCAAAAAAAAUGUUCCGGCAUUUAACGUGAGAGUUGUCCUCAAGGAAAUCAAUCUGGAGAAGCAAGCUGGGAAUCUAACGCAAAAAUUGGGAUCAAUUACUAACGAAAAGAUUGCGUCCCGUUUGAUGCAUUUUGGAAUUGUACCUCUGCUAGCAUAUUACGAUGACCACAUGAAUAAGAAGUACUAUUUUGUAUCACCAUAUUUCGAAAAUGGCGACUUGUUUUAUGCCAUAAAAGAUGACAAUGAAAGAUUAUUAGAAAAGAGUGAUAUAAAAAUGAAUUGGGAAAAAAGAUUGAAAAUCAUGUACCAGAUCGCUUGCGCAGUUGACUAUAUGCACUCGGGUAAUAAAUUCAGAGGUGCAAUAUUACACAUGGACAUUAAAUCCAACAACAUUGUUCUGGAUGCCAAGUUCAAUGCGAGGUUGAUAGACUUUGGACUGGCGAGAGAGUUGAAAGAUGGGAAUGAGAACUUAAAGACCGUCACUCCUGUAGGGACUCCUGGAUACUAUCCAUUUUCUCAACACAAUCUUCUCACGAAGCAGCACGAUUAUCACGCCUUCGGAGUUGUUCUACUCGAAUUGAUUACCGGUGUAGAUCCUUCACAGGAACACGAAAACGAAUGCUGGUUACCGUUAAGAAAAUGGGACAAAGAGCUUGUUUUGGAAAAAAAGCUGGAAACAGUUUGGAAUGUCCAUGAUGUUUUAGAAAAAGCUGUUGAUAUAGCGAUCGAAUGUAUUAAGAGCAUUGAUACCUACAAAUCUUCCGGGCUAACAUCAACACAAAUAGCAGAAAAACUAAAGCGCAAGUGCAUAAAGAACUCGGCUUUGAUAUGGGAGGCCAUACCGGGGGACAAUUGUGAAAUCUGUUUGGUUAACAAUGCAAUGGAAGUUGGAUUUGGCCCUGAUUCAGGAUGUAAACCUGAAUGUACUAGAAGAAUCCGUACGUGUUGUUCAUGUAUGAGGAACUCGUAUAUCAAUCCAGUCCAGUGUCAAUCAUGUCGAAGUACAAUCGAACCCUACUUCAAUUCCAAAUGGGGUGCUGUUUUAGUAGCUGGGUAUGAUGAAAAGAAUGGUGAAAUUUUUGAAAAAGAUAUCAUCAAAUUUCGAGAAGUAAUAACAUCGAAGUUUCUGCCGGCAAUGUGUUUGAAUUCAGAAAAUGUGAUAGAUAUUCUGGGAAAACAAGAGAGUCAAUCCUUUGAAGAGCAAUUGAAUGAAUCGUUUGAAAAGCUGCGCCAAAAGGAUAUUAAGACACUGCUUUUUGUUUAUUCGGGACACCACAGCGAAGAGAGAGGUCUUGAGGUUAGAGGAAAUGAGUGUUAUACAAUUGAUAAACUUAGCAAGAAAUUAGAAAUUUGGAAAAAAAACAGCACAUCCUUCGAAAAGCUGAUAGUUAUAUUGGACUGUUGUUAUGCGAAGAAACUGGAUGCUAUCAAAUCUUUAAAGAUGAUUCAACUGAAUGCAACUGGACAAUAUGCCGAAGCAGUUGCGAGCCGUGAAGAAGGAAGCAACUUCAUACAGUAUAUUAUACAGGUAUUCACAGCAAGUGCUAAUGGAGGAAAAUGCAAGAAUAAUAAAUGCGACUGUAUGAGCAACCUCAAUGAAGAUUUUAUUACUCUUGUCGAUUUUCUCAGCUGUUUGGAGAAACAUGUUAGAAAUAAACAUUUGAAUGAAAAAGAUGAAUAUGAAGAACCACAUACAAAUAUGCAAGAUAUUGACACGAAGAAUACUAUAUUAGCAUAUAACUACAACUUUACAGUCGAGAUAAAGUUUUCUUUAGAGUGGUCUGGAUUACCAAAGACAAUAUCGAUGUUUCCAAAAGACUUGGAAAAAUUUGAAGAUCUGAAAAAACAUUUAGCAGCUGAAGUUAUAAAGCAUGCUUUGAAUAUCAAAGCACAAGAUGAACACCGAGAUGAAAUCCUAGAUAGGAUUGUCAAAUUAAUGGUACUUGAAAUUGACACCGGACCAAAGGCCAAACAUAGAGAAGAGAUGAGCUUGAAGGAACAGAUAUUAUCAGCAUGGAUUUCAAAGCGCCUUUUACGAUGUACGGCCCGUCGUCUCACCAACAUUGGACAAGGCAAACCUGCUGGCGAAUUUUUUCAAGAUGCUGGGUAUCUUUUGUCUGCAGAUCAAAAAUGCAAUCCAAAGAAACCGAUGAGUAAACAAGAACUUAAAGAUUACACAAAAUUGCUACAAUCGGAACGACACAAAAGAAACGAGUUGUGCACACAGUUUGUCAAAAAUUUGGACAAUUGGAUAAUAUUCCAAACACAUCAGUUGAAAGACAAUUGUUUGGACAUUAAGAUCUUCGACAUGCAGAAUGGUCUCACACUUGUCUACAUGGAACUUGUUCAGAUGACCGGUGUACAGGAAACUACGUCAAAUGGAUAACACUGACGUUAGUAUUUGCCCCUACUGCUGCUUGUGCAGGCAAGGGCUUCAUGAAUGAAAUACUUGUUCAUAUAAUUUAUCAAUGAUAAACCGAAAUUUAGCUGACCUGAGCUCGUAGUGAACCAUUAUAUGGACAUCAUCCGAAAUCGUGCGGUGUGGUGUGUGACGUUUAGCUCAUUAUCAGUUGAUAGGCCACAUCCAAUCUUGAUGGACCAUGCUCAUAACGAUCUUUCUAGGCAAUAUAUAUAGUUAUUCAAAUUUUAUUCACAUGCGCCCAAAAUACGGUCAUUAGGUAAAAUCUUAGAAUAAACGUGUUACCACUAUAGAAACUACAAUUAGUACUCAAUCUUGAU